AUGGAGGAUAUUGUCACUCGGUGGGCUUCUGAUCUGUCAAAGUACCAGAAGCAGUUCAAGGAACAGGCCACAAUUGUGUCCAACUGGGACCGAAACCUCGUGGACAAUGGCGAAAAGAUCCAGAAGUUGUACCUGGAGACUUUCGAAGCGGAGCGCGCCAGCCAUGAGAUUGAGCGCCAGCUGGCUGCUGUGGAGAGCCAGCAGGAGGAGCUCGAGGCUUGGCUGAACCGUUACGAAUCAGAAGUUCAGGACAUGUUUGCCAAGCAGAUGGGCCCUGGCGAGCAGCUUGGAGGACCUGACCAGGAGCGAGAGCGUACCUAUAAGCUAGCCGAGAAGCUUACCCAGCAGCUUGACGAGAAGUCUCGAGACCUGUCAAAGAUGGUCAAGGAGAUUAACGACAUCUCUGGAACUUUGAGCAAGGGAACCAAGGCUGAGGAUCCGCUGAGCCAAAUCGUUCGUGUGCUCAACAGCCACCUUACCCAGCUGCAAUGGAUCGAUGCCAACUCGUCAGCCCUGCAGGCCAAGGUCGCGGCGGCACAGAAAUCCAGCAGCAACCUGGGCAGCCACUACGGCAGCGGAGAGAGCGAUGCGGCGGAGAGCUUCUAUAGAUCUUACAUGGGACGGAGGUGA